UCUCUCUCUCUCUCUCUCUCUCACAGUUACUUAAGGCAGAGUGUUUUAAAAAAGGUUUAGAACCUAUCCACAAGAAGGGUGUGAGACACUGGAACUUUCCGGAACAAACCAGAACACACAUGGGGGUUGAGUUUUACAAAGGUUUUUAAGCAUGUGUGUCCCAAAAAUAGUCAUUUUCAUUGGUUAAUUUGCCGGGUUUGAUCUCAAUCCCUGAUAUUUCUUGCUUUGUUAUAUUACUAUUCUUUGUAAAAAAAAUUAUAGUAUCUUAAUUUUUUUAUUUUUAGUGUUCUUGAUUUUAUGUUGGUAUAGUAAUAGUAUAGAAUUGUUAGAUAGUUUAUGUCUCUGAUAACUAUUAUACGAUUAAAAAAAAUAAUAAAGUUGUUGAUUAGAGUAGAGUGGUCGCUUUCAAUUGGGGUGUCAUUAUUGUUUAUGUUAUCUUUGUGUUGUUGUUGAUAGAUCCGGAUGCUUUAUGUUGCAUCUCUCUUUGUUCUCUCUCUUGCUUCCUUAAUCAGAUACAAUAUAAUCUCUCUUUCCUAUCCUUACACAGAAAACCCUAUCCUUCGCUUUCUCUCUCUAAAAUAUAUCUGAGAACAACAGAACCCAAAAGGGUUUUCAAGCUUCAACCUUUUUUUUUGUUUAUUUUUGUUUGAUCAUUCUUGGGUAUUUUAGAGAGAUGAAGAGUAUGGGAGAUCUGCAUGCAGGGCUUAGAAAUGAAGCAAACCCUAUUAGUAUUGUGUUUGAUGAUGGUGUGGAAGAAGAAGAGGCGUUAGAUGUUGAUGAUAGACAGAUCUGGCUUUCAGACGAGCAAGAUCAUCAUAUUCUUGCAGAUGUCCACGACGCUUCUUCAAUGUUUUACACUGACUUCCCUCCACUCCCUGAUUUCCCUUGCAUGUCAUCUUCUUCAUCAUCCUCAUCCACUCCAUUACCACUUAAGGCCAUGUCGUCUUCGUCUUCGGCCACUUCCUCGACCUCUUCGGCCGCUUCUUGGGCUGUUCUGAAGUCAGAUGCAGAGGAAGACGUGGAGAAGAAAAAUAAUCACUGUCACCAACAAUUUCAAGGCCAGCAUGAUCAAGUGGUUGAUGAUAUUGCACCACCUCAAGCAGAGUUAAUUUCCACAGCCUCUAUGGAGAUCCCUCAGCAGCCACUUGAUAAUCAAGGCCUUGAAGGUGUGGACUGUAUGGAUGUGAUGGAGACUUUUGGGUACAUGGAUCUACUAGAAAGCAACGAUUUCUUUGACCCAUCAUGUAUUUUCCAAAAUGAAAACAACCCAUUAGAGGAUUUUUGUUCGCAGGAGCAAAUGUCACAAGAACAACAUGCAAUACAAGAACAUGACCGGUUGAUGAUGUUUCAGAGCAACCACAACAACAACGAAGAGAUCCGGCAGGAAGAGAAUCAGGAUCCAGAUGACAUGGCCUCGGUGUUCUUGGAUUGGCUUAGAACAAACAAAGAGACUGUCUCUGCUGAAGAUUUGAGGAGUGUGAAGAUCAAGAAGUCCACCAUAGAGUGUGCGGCAAAGCGCUUAGGUGGUGGAAAAGAAGCCAUGAAACAGUUGUUGAAACUUGUACUGGAAUGGGUUCAGACUAACCAUCUUCAGAAAAGGCGCUUCAAAGACUUAGCACCAACACAUUUUCCCAACCAAUACCAAGACCCUUUCCAAAACCCUAAUAAUUCUGUCACACCUGAAUCAAACCCAAACCCAAAUCCUUGUUUCACCAACCAGUCCACAUGGAUCCCAGCUCAGCCGCCUUAUGCUCCUGAGCCAACUGCUCCUCCGGCGGCUUAUCCUUCAAUGGUUGGGUAUAUGGGUACUGAUCCGUACACAAAUGGAGCUAGUUCUAAUAUCAAUGUCAAUAAUAGUCAAGUUUACACAGCUCCAGCUUCAGCUCCACCAGAGUAUCACAUGCUGGACUCCUCACAGUCAUGGCCAUCCUCACAGUUCACUAUGUCAGCGUCUCAUUACAACACAUUUCCAGACAAUAAUACUAUUCACCAACCUCCGCAAACUUUUUCUGGGUAUGGAAAUCAAUAUCCAUAUCAUCAAUAUUUUCAAGGGCAAGGCGAGAGUACUCUGGUGAGGUUAGGUUCUUUAGCCACUAAAGAAGCGAGGAAGAAGAGGAUGGCGAGGCAAAGGCGGUUCUUGUCACACCAUAGACACCAUCACAAUCAACAUAACCAGCAAAAUCAAUGCAACCAGAACACAGAUCCGCAUGCAAAUGCAAGGCUUGGGAAUGACAAUUGCACCACGGCCACUGUAGCUCAGACCAUUCCGGCCAACUGGGUGUACUGGGCCUCUGGUGGUGGUGGUGGUGCAGCUUCAGCAUCUCCGGUGAUGCCGGCAGAGGCACCACUCGGACAUCAAGCAGAUCGGACUGCCAUGCAAGUCCAGAAUUUGCAAGGGAGAGUCGCAUCAGAUAGACGACCAGGAUGGAAACCUGAGAAGAACUUGAGGUUUCUUCUGCAGAAAGUGUUGAAGCAGAGCGAUGUUGGUAAUCUUGGAAGAAUUGUGUUGCCAAAGAAGGAAGCGGAGACUCAUCUCCCAGAAUUGGAGGCUAGAGAUGGUAUUUCUAUUGCCAUGGAAGACAUAGGAACUUCCCGUGUAUGGAACAUGCGCUAUAGUCACAGGUAUUGGCCAAACAAUAAAAGCAGGAUGUAUCUGCUUGAAAACACAGGUGAUUUUGUGAGGGCCAAUGGACUCCAAGAAGGAGACUUUAUAGUCAUAUACUCAGAUGUCAAGUGUGGCAAAUAUAUGAUACGAGGAGUGAAAGUAAGGCAAGCAGGGCCAAAAUCUGAGAGCAAAAGGGCAGGAAAGUCGCAAAGAAACCAGCAUGCAACUUUAACGACUCCAGCCAGUGGUGUUAACAAUGCGUUAUCGUCACCCUUUACGUACCCACAAAAAACUGUAAAGUAAGUAAGCAAAAAUAUGCCACUUCUCUUGCAUGCACAAGGGUGACGUGACAAAUGGACGGCCAGGACUUUCUGGGGGUGGUUUGGUUGCACAGCCCCUUGAUUUUCUGCAGCUAGCUAGCUGCCACUUUUGGUUUUUUUUUUUUUUUUUUUUAGUCAAAAAAGCUUACUACGAUCGAGCAGAUCACAACUGCCCAGAGUGUAAUAAGGAGUUUGGCUUGGAGACCAUGCGUUAAGGACGCUUUUACUGUUGUUGGCUGGCUCAGUCUGUGGUUUUUUAGAUCCUCAAUUAUAAUUAGGGUGUAACAUUCCAAUACUAGUGUAGUGUAUGCUUUUUAGUGUAUGUGUAUGUUAUUUAUGUUGGGGUGUCCUUUCACUUCAUCCAAUUCACAUUCUACUACACUUUUUCGU